AGAAGUUUUCAGGUAAACAGCGACAAAAGAGAGUUGGGAACGUAGCGACUCUCAAACCUGUGAGCAACACGAUGAAGCGAUUCUUCAAACCAAUUGAGAAGGAAGGCUCGGCAAAGAAGCCCACGCUUUCGCCUUCAAAACAAUGUGUUGAAAACGAAGAUGCACAGCCUGAAGUGGACAUCAAGAAAGAGCCAUUGAAGUUCCUCACCUGGAACGCUAACAGUUUGCUCCUUCGAGUCAAGAACAAUUGGCUCGAGUUCUCCAGUUUCGUUUCCAAUCUUGACCCUGAUAUCAUUGCUAUACAGGAAGUAAGGAUGCCAGCUGCUGGUUCAAAAGGUGCACCUAAAAUCCCGGGAGAACUAAAAGAUGAUACCAGCUCUUCCAGAGAAGAAAAGCAGAUAUUGAUGCGUGCUCUUUCUAGUCCACCAUUUGGAAGUUAUCGUGUUUGGUGGUCUUUGUCAGAUACAAAAUAUGCAGGCACUGCAUUGUUAGUAAAGAAAUGUCUUCGACCAUUAAAAGUUUAUUUUUCUCUUGAUAGAACAGUUUCAAAGCAUGAACCAGAUGGCCGGGUUAUUUUAGCUGAAUUUGAGACACUCCGUGUAUUGAAUACUUAUGCACCAAACAAUGGUUGGAAAGAGGAGGAAAAUUCGUUUCAGCGGAGAAGAAAGUGGGAUAAAAGGAUUCUAGAGUUUGUAGUUCAAUCAUCAGAUAAACCUCUUAUUUGGUGUGGCGAUCUGAAUGUUAGCCAUGAGGAUAUCGAUGUGAGUCAUCCAGAAUUCUUCAGUGCAGCAAAGAUGAAUGGUUAUGUUCCUCCAAAUAAAGAGGAUUGUGGGCAGCCGGGAUUUACCUUAUCUGAGAGGAAGCGCUUUGGGGCAAUAUUAAAAGAGGGAAGGUUAGUAGAUGCAUAUAGAUACCUGCACAAGGAAAAGGACAUGGAGUGUGGAUUUUCAUGGUCGGGAAACCCUGUUGGGAAGUAUCGAGGAAAACGAAUGAGAAUUGACUAUUUCAUUGUUUCAGAUAAGCUCAAGGAGAGGGUGACCUCAUGUGAAAUGCAUGGGAAAGGGAUUGAACUAGAAGGUUUCUAUGGGAGUGACCAUUGCCCAGUUUCUCUCCAACUUUCAGAAGAGUGCAAAGAAGCAAAUUGACACCACAUGGUGAUUAUGUAAUGAUAUUAGUUAUAACAUUUAACGGUGCUUGUUGAAUCCUAAGUAGUGUCUGAUAGUGUUUUCUAGUCAUUGUAAUAUUCACUGUUACUCCUUAGCUUC